GCAAAAACACUUCUUUCUUUUCUUUUUUAUUUUUCUGCGCGUACACCGCCACAUUUCUAUCACACUAUAUAUAUAUGUGUUUAAUUCGUGUCUCUAAAACCAUAUUCUAUACUUUCUUAUUCACAUUCAUUUUCAUUUCUUAUUCACAUUCACAUUCACAUACAUAUAAAAAGAGAAGAACAGCUUAGAAGAAGAAGAAGAACCUUUUUUUACUUACUUGGAUCUUUUUCAAUGUCAGGAGGAAUAUCAUACUCUGCUUUUAUCACCCCUAGGUUGGUUCUCAACAAGUUUCUUGCUAAAUCUCAACGUGAAGGGGUUGGAGCUAUCGUUAGAAGAGGCAUUGGAAGGAGCGAGUUGAGAAACUUGGAUCCUUUUCUAAUGUUGGAUCACUUCUCAGUGUCUCCUCCUGGAGGAUUUCCUGAUCAUCCGCACAGAGGCUUUGAAACGGUCACAUACAUGCUAGAGGGAGGUAUGACUCACCAAGAUUUUGCUGGCCACAAGGGUACAAUAAGAGCUGGUGAUGUUCAGUGGAUGACUGCAGGCAGGGGAAUAAUUCACUCUGAAAUGCCUGCAGAAGCAAACAACAAUGGAUUGCAAUUAUGGAUCAAUUUAAAAUCCAAUGACAAAAUGAUUGAGCCAAAUUAUCAAGAACUUCCAAGUGAGAACAUACCAUCAGGAGAAAAAGAUGGUGUUGAAGUGAGAGUAAUAGCAGGAGAAUCAAUGGGAGUAAAUUCACCAGUGUACACAAGAACACCAACUAUGUUCCUUGAUUUCACAAUGUUGCCAGGAACUCAGCUGCAUCAAAAUAUUCAAGAAUCAUGGAAUUCAUUUGCAUACAUAAUGGAAGGUGAAGGUGUUUUUGGUUCACCAAAUUCAUCACCAAUUAUGUCUCACCAUGUCAUUGUUUUCACUCAAGGUGAUGGACUUAGUGUUUGGAAUAACUCUUCAAAACCUUUGAGGUUUGUGUUGAUUGGUGGACAACCAUUGAAUGAACCUGUGGCUCAGUAUGGACCAUUUGUCAUGAAUACACAAUCUGAGAUUGAGAACACUCUUGAAGACUAUCAAAAUGCUAGAAAUGGAUUUGAGAUGAGGCUAAAUUGGAGAUCUCAAUAGUCAUUGCUUAUUAUGAACACUAUUACUUAGCUAAGCUAAGCUAAGAUUAUUUUAUUUUAUUUUAUUUUAUUAUAGGAUUUAGUUUAUAUACAUUAUCAACGUAAAAAAUUUAACAUUGUCAAUCGAUCACAAUCGUCAAAUCAUUGAAAACAUUCUUUUAAAAAUUAUUCAUAUGAUUGAAUGUGAUUUGUCGAUAGUGGUGAACUAUUUACAUUGACUGUGUAUUAAAAUUAAAUUCGUUAUUAUAUUUAUAUGAAAUAAAAAAUAAAAAGGUUGCUUUUCCCCUAUCAUUUUCAAUGUCAUAAGCAAUAAGCAUAUCGCUAUCAAGGUAGUAGGAGGUGAAAAGAUAUCUUUGUUAAUCUAUCAUUUCCUUUCCAUGUACUAAAAUGUUUCUAGAAGAUUUAAAUGUGCAAGUGCAACUAUAAUUUGUCUCUCAA